AUGGACGGAACCGACCGACUACAGUCUGGAGGAGACAAGGAGCGAGAGCAGGAGCGACCGGUCGGCCACACGUGCCGCGAGGGCAGCGGGGGAAGCUGUUUGCUAUAUCAGAAAGUAUCGACGCCUGACUCUGAUGCCUUUUUGUGUCCAGCGACAGGAUGCGCAGAAGCAUCACCGUGGAUCUUUUAAAACACUGUUGCUGGAUAUGCGCCUAAAACCGCCUGUGGAUGCAGCGAAAAGUACUGGAUUUUUAAUUUGAAGGCGAAAAAACCGCGGGGCAACCAAUUCUGAUCAUUGAUUUCUCCUCAUUUCUCUCCCUCUCUCUUUGCGGUUUGUCCAUCAGCUCUUUGGAGGAGGAGGAGGAGGGGGUCGUAAAGAAGUUUGUGCGCGGCGUUAAUGUAUUGACAGAGACUGCGCGCUGCAGCAGUAGACAUCUCACGGUUCCAUUUUUUGUAUUCUUUCGUACGGGGGAUGAUUUGAAGGUGUUCGCUGAGAGCCCCUGGAAGACGCUCCUCAGACGCCGGGGACCGGGGCUUGGGCGCACCCGCGCGGCGACGCACCACCUGGAAACUAUACGCUCCAUCCAAGACGCACCGAGAAACCCCCCCCCCCACAAGACCCUCUCCUCUCUCCUUCAUCUCUUCUCUCCCUCGUCUCUCAUUUGUUUUACCAACUGGGGUUUUUUGGCUGGUGUGGACUUUACAGCCACGACACAAAUUGAUCAUGCGAUGACUGAGCGCACUUUGGGCACAUCUAUAGAAUCCAUUACAGGAGGUGAAUGAUGGCCGAGGAUGGGGGAGAUCUCUCCGGGGUCCCCGACGCCAGGGGCUCGGAGGGUCGCUCCUCUCUGCCGAGGACUUUCAUCCGGCUUAACGACCUGUCCGGGGUCGGGACGGGAGACGGGGAGAGCGGCGAGUUGGCGGCGGAGCCGGCGUUCCCUGCGCCCGACGGGGUCUCCGCGGGCGGGGAGGACGCGUCCGCGAGCGGCGAGGAGGACCUGCCCUACCCCGCCAUGGCGCCCGUGGUCUUCUUCUACCUGAAACAGAGCACGCGGCCUCGGAGCUGGUGUCUCAAGAUGGUGUCCAACCCAUGGUUUGAGCGUGCGUCCAUGCUGGUGAUCCUGCUGAACUGCGUGACACUGGGCAUGUUCCAGCCCUGCGAGGACAGCAGCUGCGACUCUGACAGGUGCAGGAUCCUGCAGGACUUUGACGACUUCAUCUUUGCGUUCUUUGCCAUUGAGAUGGUGAUCAAGAUGGUGGCCCUGGGGAUUUUUGGCAAGAAGUGUUACCUAGGUGACACGUGGAACCGCCUGGACUUCUUUAUAGUGCUGGCAGGGAUGCUGGAGUACUCCCUCAACCUGCAGAACGUCAGCUUUUCAGCGGUGAGGACGGUUCGCGUGCUGAGACCACUGCGAGCCAUCAACCGGGUGCCAAGUAUGCGCAUCCUGGUGACCCUGCUGCUGGACACCCUGCCUAUGCUGGGCAACGUGCUGCUGCUCUGCUUCUUUGUCUUCUUCAUAUUCGGCAUUGUGGGCGUCCAGCUGUGGGCCGGCCUGCUCCGAAACCGCUGCUUUGUGGAGGACAACUUCUCCUUCCCUCUGUCUGUGAAGUCGGAGAAGCUGCACGACUACUACCACACAGAGAACGACGACGAGAACCCCUUCAUCUGCUCUCAGCGCCGGGACAACGGCAUGAGGGACUGCGGCUCGGUGCCCAAGCUGUACGAGGGAGGCCUGCAGUGCAGCCUGGACAUGGACUCUUACAACAGCACUGACAACACCACUUGUGUGAACUGGAACCAGUACUUCACCAAGUGCUCUGCCGGUCGGGUCAACCCUUUCAAGGAUGCCAUCAACUUUGACAACAUCUGCUAUGCCUGGAUCGCCAUCUUCCAGGUGAUCACUCUGGAGGGAUGGGUGGACAUCAUGUACUUUGUGAUGGAUGCUCACUCCUUCUACAACUUCAUCUACUUCAUCCUACUCAUCAUUAUCGGCUCCUUCUUCAUGAUCAAUCUGUGCCUGGUGGUCAUCGCCACUCAGUUCUCUGAAACCAAGCAGCGGGAGAGCCAGCUGAUGAAGGAGCAGCGGGUGCGCUUCCUGUCCAACGCCAGCACUCUGGCCUCCCUCUCCGAGCCAGGCUCCUGCUACGAUGAGCUCCUCAAGUACCUAGUACAUGUCAUCCGCAAGGGGGCCAAACAAGUGGCGCAUAUCUGCAGGUUCUUGGCUCGCCGAGCCGGGCUCAACAUUGCCGCCUCGCCACCAGCCACUGAGCCCCAACGUGGCCAGAGUCAGAGGAGGAGGAGGAAGUCCAGACAGGGAUCCGUGUCUGCUCACCACAUGAUUCACCAUCAUCACCACCACCACCACCAUCACCACUACCACCUACGAAAUGGCAGCGUGAGGGGAGUAGUGAGCCUCCACUGUCUGGAGGGCAGGGAUGUGGAAGCAGGGGCACAUAACAACAAAGGCGGGGCUCUUGUAGCAACAACUAGCAUUGGACAUCUUGCUUUGAUGCCACCUUCUUCUGUUACGGCAGCCACAUCUGACUCAAACCUCGCCAAUUUGUCAAAUCCUCCUGCAGGAGGUGCCGAGUCAGCUUCAGUUCGCAGUGUAUUCAACAUGGAAACUCUUUGCUGUACCCCUUCGCCCAUAUGCACGGGGCAAACACCGGACUCCUUCUCCCUGGCUCCCGCUCCUUUGUCCAAGGCCAUGAAGAGGAACUCUGUGCCCUUUGCUGCACCAGGUCCCAAAAACUACCCCACCCUACAGGCACGAGCCCUGGCAGAGUCCAGACGAGGAAGUGUUGCUCUGACUAACAUCAACUUCAACCUCAAUAUCCCACCCGUGCCGCUGGAGAGACGGCCAUCAAGCCUGGUGGACACACACACUCCAACAGCCCGGCUCUCCCGUCAGCUGUCAGCUCGUGACCUCAGCACCACCAGCAGCACCAUGGACACGGCCGCUUUGACACUGGACCCCGAGAGUUGCCCCUACUGCGCCAAGGCCCUGGCCAACGAAUCAGAAGGCAACGAGACACUGGGUGAUUCGGACAGCGAGGGCGUUUACGAGUUCACCCAGGAUCUCCACCGCAGGGACAGGAGAGACAGCCGGCAGCCCAAAAAGAAGCAGUGUGGGCUGGGCAAGACGGCGUCGAAGGUGGUCCACUUCUGGAGGCUGGUGUGCGACACGUUCAGGAAGAUCGUGGACAGCAAAUAUUUCGGACGAGGGAUUAUGAUCGCCAUUUUGAUCAAUACUCUGAGCAUGGGGAUUGAGUACCAUGAGCAGCCUGAUGAGUUGACCAAUGCCUUGGAGAUCAGUAACAUUGUGUUCACCAGCCUCUUCGCACUGGAGAUGCUGUUGAAGGUUUUGGUCUACGGGCCCUUUGGCUACAUCAAGAACCCCUACAAUAUUUUCGAUGGCAUCAUCGUAGUCAUCAGUGUGUGGGAGAUUGUGGGUCAGCAGGGUGGCGGUCUGUCAGUGCUGAGGACCUUCCGGCUGAUGCGGGUGCUGAAGCUGGUGCGCUUCAUGCCGGCCCUGCAGAGGCAGCUGGUGGUCCUGAUGAAGACCAUGGACAACGUGGCCACCUUCUGCAUGCUGCUCAUGCUCUUCAUUUUCAUCUUCAGUAUCCUGGGGAUGCAUCUGUUUGGUUGUAAGUUUGGUUCAGAGAGGGAAGAGGACACUGUGCCAGACAGGAAGAACUUUGACUCUCUUCUCUGGGCCAUAGUGACUGUCUUCCAGAUCCUCACCCAGGAGGACUGGAACAAGGUGCUGUAUAACGGCAUGGCCUCAACCUCGCAUGUGGCCGCCCUCUACUUCAUCGCACUCAUGACCUUCGGAAACUACGUGCUCUUCAACUUGCUGGUGGCCAUCUUGGUUGAGGGUUUCCAGACGGAGGAAGUGCCCAAGCGGGAGGACGUGCAUGUCCAACUGAGCCUAAUUCUGCCUGUAGACUCAGGGGGUGAUGCUUCUAAAUCAGGCUCGGAGAUCGAUUCCUUCGCACGAAGUUUGGAGGAUGUUAAUGGCAGCAAGAAGGAUUUAUCGGCCUCUGCAGUAGUGCCUGUAAAUGGUCAUGUGGACCUGAAGACCAGCCUGACUCCACCUCUGAUUACUCACACGGCUGCCACCCCAAUGCCCGUACCCAAGCUGCCCGUCGGAGGUGACCCCAUCCUGGGCUACGAGUCCCGUCGAGGCAGCAGCGUCUCUGUAGACCCAGCCUGCUAUGACAAAUCCCCGACCAGUGCUCGGAGCUCUUCGCCCUACGCCCCAUGGAGCUCCGGCAGCGGCUGGACCAGCCGACGAUCCAGCUGGAACAGUCUGGGUCGGGCCCCGUCACUCAAACGCCAGAAGCGGCAGUCCGGGGAGCGACGCUCGCUCCUCUCCGGGGAGGGAGGCUCCAGCUCAGAGGACGGGGAGGGUGGUGGGGAAGAAGGAGGAGGGUUGAUGGAGGAGGACAACACCUCCCUGGCCAGGACGGACUCCAUGUCGCAGUCUCAGAGAGGUCCCAGACAUCGGAGAAUGGAGUCUGUGGAGACUCAGAGCUCCAUGGAUUUGCCACCUGAUGCUCUGUUACAGGUCCCCUUCCUGUACCGCUCCGCCAGCAUGCACAGCUCCAGGCCCCCUUCCCUGGGACACCUGCGACCCGCAGAGCACAGCGACUGCAAUGGAAAGGGCUCUCUAACAGCCCUGGGUCCGACACACGUCUCGCUUGAGGACAACACCGAAGACGAAAACGCAGAGGAGGAGCCCAGUCUGGGUCGCUUUGCCAGACUGUUCCACUGGCUGGAGAAGAAGCAGCCGGAGUGGUGUCGACAGAGAGGCACCUGGUCACUCUACCUCUUCCCUCCAGAGUCCAGGUUUCGGAUCGUCUGCAAGAAGAUCAUCACCCACAAGAUGUUUGACCACAUUGUGUUGCUGAUCAUCUUCCUCAACUGCAUCACUAUCGCCAUGGAGAGGCCUCGCAUCGACCCCACAAGCGCUGAACGGAUCUUCCUUACGCUGUCCAACUACAUCUUCACGGCGAUCUUUGUGACCGAGAUGGCGGUUAAGAUCGUAGCGUUGGGCUGGUGCUUCGGGGACAAGGCGUAUCUGAGGAGCAGCUGGAACCUUCUGGACGGGAUGCUGGUGAUGAUUUCUGUCAUCGACAUCCUGGUCUCCCUCAUCUCCAACUCGGGCACCAAGAUCCUGGGUAUGCUCAGAGUGCUGAGGCUGCUGAGGACCCUGCGGCCGCUGCGUGUGAUCAGCAGAGCCCCUGGGCUGAAGCUGGUGGUGGAGACUUUGAUGUCGUCACUGAAGCCUAUCGGCAACAUUGUUGUCAUCUGCUGCGCCUUCUUCAUCAUCUUCGGCAUCCUGGGGGUACAGCUCUUCAAGGGGAAGUUCUUCUUUUGUCAAGGAGUAGAACAUCACAUCAAGAACGUCACCAACAGAUCUGACUGUUUGCAGGCCAACUACAAAUGGGUCAGACACAAGUACAACUUUGACAACCUGGGACAGGCCUUAAUGUCUCUGUUUGUCUUGGCGUCAAAAGACGGCUGGGUGGACAUUAUGUAUAAUGGACUCGAUGCUGUAGGCGUGGACAAACAGCCAGAAUUGAACCACAAUCCAUGGAUGCUGCUUUACUUCAUCUCGUUCCUGCUGAUCGUGGCCUUCUUCGUGCUCAACAUGUUCGUGGGCGUGGUGGUGGAGAACUUCCACAAGUGCCGGCGACACCAGGAGGCCGAGGAGGCCAAGCGCAGGGAGGCGAAGAGACUGAAACGCAGGGAGAAAAAGAGACGGAAAGCUCAGAGUAAGCCGUACUACUCCGAUUACUCUCCCACACGUCUCGUCAUCCACAAGAUGUGCACCAGCCACUACCUGGACUUGUUCAUCACCAUCGUCAUAGGGCUCAACGUCAUCACCAUGUCCAUGGAGCACUACCAGCAGCCCAAGGAGUUGGACGAGGCCCUGAAGAUCUGUAACUACAUUUUCACCCUCAUCUUUGUGCUGGAGUCCGUCUUCAAGCUGGUAGCCUUCGGCUUCCGACGCUUCUUCAAAGACAAGUGGAACCAGCUGGACCUGGCCAUCGUGCUGCUGUCGAUCAUGGGCAUCACUCUGGAGGAGAUUGAGGUCAACGCUUCACUGCCCAUAAACCCCACCAUCAUCCGCAUCAUGAGAGUGCUGAGGAUUGCUCGAGUGUUGAAGCUCCUGAAGAUGGCGGUGGGGAUGAGAGCUUUGCUGGACACCGUUAUGCAAGCCCUGCCUCAGGUGGGGAAUCUGGGUCUCCUCUUCAUGCUUCUCUUCUUUAUCUAUGCAGCACUGGGAGUGGAGCUGUUUGGUGACUUGAUUUGUGAUGAGCUCCACCCGUGUGAGGGUCUGGGGCGCUACGCUACCUUUAAAAACUUCGGAAUGGCAUUCCUGCUGCUCUUCAGAGUUUCCACCGGGGACAACUGGAAUGGCAUAAUGAAGGACACAUUAAGAGACUGUGCCCAAGACACCAACACCUGCUACAACACUGUGGUCUCUCCCAUCUACUUCGUCUCCUUUGUCCUCACCGCUCAGUUUGUCCUGGUCAACGUCGUCAUCGCUGUCCUCAUGAAGCACCUGGAAGAGAGCAACAAGGAAGCCAAAAUGGGGGCAGAGCCCGAGGCAGACUUGGAACUGGAGCUGCAGAUGGACGGGGGAGACAUAUCGAUGAGGUCGCCCCAGCUAAACCCUCUGGCACUGGGCAUGGACAGGUCGAGUUCUGGGGGUUCACCCUGGAAGUCCACUGGAGGAGGGGACAGGGAACAGGAACGGGACGCUCCGAUGGACUCGCCCACUGCCGACAUCACUAGAGAUUCUCCAAACAUCAGAGCAGACCCCCCUUCAGGCCUGGACCCCCCGCUGGAGCGGAGAGCGCUGUUUGACUCGAUCUCCCUGGUCAUCCAGGGUUCAAUGGAGGGAGAGCUGAGUCUGAUGGACAACCUGUCCGGCUCUAUCUGCCACUUCUACGCGCUGCCCCCCAAGCCCAGCAAGCACAGCACCGACAAGAAGAUCCCUCUAGCGGAGAUGGAAGCUCUGUCUCUGGCCUCUGAGAAAUCCUGGUCGCUUGCACUUACAGACGACUCGGCCCCCGACGAUUUUAACCCUCUCUUUCCAAACAGUCUGGAAUGCAAUUCGGAGCAGCUCGAUGCUGGGGAGCAGGGGGAUAACCUCCUGAGCGUCCGGAAGCCGACAGUGGGACGCACACACUCCCUGCCCAAUGACAGCUACAUGUUCCAACCCCUGCAGCCCUUUGGCCACGCAGCCGCGGCUCCAGCACUGCUUCUAGCACAGUCACAGGGGCCCCGGCACACACAGGGCACCCAUAGGGCCCAGUCAGGCUCCAGUGCGUCUUUGCGUUCGCAGCCGGAGGACUUUUCCCAGCAGCUGACGGUUCCCACGGACCUCUUCAGACCCAUCAGCCCCCACAGCCACCCAGACUCUGAGAAUAUACCACGCCUGCCCCCGCCCAGGCACACGCACACACUCAGCCGCACGCUCCGCAGACAGGUUGCGGUGUCUACAGAUUCUCAGGAGGCCCUGUGUUCAGGCAGAGGGGAGAGCAAUGAAGGACUUGUGAAUGUGGCCUCUGUGGGUCUCUUUCCAUCUCCCUCCUCCUCCCCCUCCCCCACCUCCCCCUCACCCUGCUCCCAUCAUCCCCAGCAGCAGCCCGCUCUCUGCCUGGUCCCUGCCACACCGGGCGUCUCUCCUAAACCCUUGCGCCCUGGCAGCGUGCACACCCAGCACCAAGACCAGCGCUGCCACCUCUCACACUCCCCUUCCUCCUCCUCUGGCUCGCCUCCUCCACUCCCACCAGCCAGGCCGCUCCAACAAGAGGAAGCCACAGUGGAUCAGGAAGUGUCCCUCAUCACCUGUGCGGCGUUGGCUGGCAGGGAUGAUGUCAUGGCAGAGGACAGCAGCGAAGGGAAUGAGGGUUACAGCUCAUAUGCAGGCUGCCCGGAGAGUCCAUAUUUGAGGCAGUUGAAGAGGUUCCACAGUGUCGACACGCAGGGCCACAGCGCCUUCCUGUCCCGCCCCCGCCCUUCCUCCUGGCUGGACGACCCUCGGCGCCACUCUGUAGAAGUGUGCUCCUUGUUGGAGACCAGUCCCCAGCGCAGCACCGCCUCCUGCUCCUCCGGCUUUGUGUCGCGGGCCGACAGCCUGCAGAUCCACAGCCAGACCCCCGCUCAGAACUCGCUGCCCUCACCUCGACGCAAGAAGAAGAUGAGCCCGCCGUGCAUCUCCGUCGACCCCCCCGACGGACUGGAGCUUCCGCCUGGCCUCUACCCGGGCAUGGGUGGGCUCGGGGGGUUAGGGAUGCCCCCUCCUCUGCCCAGCCGGGACACCUGCCUGAGGAGGAGAGCGCCCUCCAGUGACUCCAAGGACUCCUUUGACCUGGGAGUUGGAGAGGGUUCGGGACAGGACGGAGGCCCGCCAAACCCCAACCCCACUCCCAAGCUAUUGACUCUUCCCAGUUUCUCCUUUGAGAAGACAAGCUCCGAGCACUGAUCACAGAUAGUCCAACACACACACACAGAUACACACACAAACACAGCCGGAGGAACCCUCCACACACACCCACACACAAACACACGAUGCACUCUGUGUGUCUGUGAUGGUGAUAGUUCUAGUAAUAAUGCUGUAGAGAGUAAUAAUGGUAAAACUACAACAAACAGUAAAAACAUCCUUGGUUCCAUGAGGAGUGCAGUACUGUAGUCGUGUGACCAUCCCUUGUCUUUGUAUUGUUACUGCCAAAACAACCAGAGAAGAAGAGAACACAUGAAACGACAAACCGGACUGUUUCCUCUUCUGCUACGCCUGCAUGCCACUGGCUGCAGUUCGACCCCAUGACCUCUGGAGCGGCAUCAGCGCCUCGGAUUUGGCGCCCCAUGUGGCCGCCGUCUGAACAGCCUGGCGUUGUACAGGGUGGACUUUGCCCGGUCGGUGGAGGUACAAAGCAAUAUGAACGUUUUAGAGACACUAUUUUCUUAAAUUAUUGGGCCAUAGUGUUUGUACAGGAUGUUGUUUUUUUAAUUUCAUUCGAUCGUUAUUUUCAUGUCUUUUUUGUGGUUUCCUUAUUUUUUGUUGUCAAAAAUGGUUUGUCUUUGUCUUUUUUUUUUUUCACUGUAGGAUAUUUCUAGCUUUCUUGGUUUACUGAGGGAAGUGAACGUUUUUCAAAGUGCUGAAAACCAUGUAUUUGUAGGAAUAAUAUAUAAAUAAAUAUAUAUAUGAAUAUAUA